UUUGCUGGCUAGCCACCAUCCCAAGUGAUAAUAGGCAUUACGAUUGUUUUACAAACUUACUCGCGAUGUGUGCCACAGCGCUAGCUAGCAUUUUCCAGCUAAAUAGUUUGCAUGCAAUUAUCUUAACAUAGCACACAAACCACACACUCCGUUUAGCUAACUGAAAUAACUGGGACUUGCUGGCUAUACGGGACCAAGUGCAGUAUCAAUAACAGAUGACACAACUGGGAGCCAUUGCCUCAAUUGUCUUGGCAAUUGGGAUAGCCGCUCUAUUUUCUGCUGUCCACAAGAUUGAAGAAGGGCACACCGGAGUCUACUACAGAGGCGGCGCUCUUCUGACCACCACCAGUGGCCCAGGGUUCCACCUGAUGUUGCCCUUCAUCACCUCCUAUAAGUCUGUGCAGACGACCCUUCAGACAGACGAAGUUAAGAACGUGCCGUGUGGCACCAGUGGAGGGGUGAUGAUCUACUUCGAUCGCAUAGAAGUCGUCAACUUCCUCGUGCCCUCGGCUGUGUAUGACAUCGUCAGGAACUUCACGGCCGACUACGACAAGGCCCUCAUUUUCAACAAGGUCCACCACGAGCUGAACCAGUUCUGCAGCGUGCACACCCUGCAGGAGGUCUACAUCGGCCUGUUCGAUCAGAUUGAUGAGAACCUGAAGCUCACCUUACAGGAAGACCUGACCAGUAUGGCACCUGGACUUAUCAUACAGGCGGUUCGAGUCACCAAACCCAACAUUCCAGAGUCCAUUCGCAGGAACUACGAGCUUAUGGAGAGCGAGAAGACGAAGCUGCUAAUUGCCGCACAGACCCAGAAGGUGGUGGAGAAGGAGGCGGAGACAGAGAGGAAGAGGGCCGUGAUUGAGGCGGAAAAACUGGCCCAGGUCGCAGAGAUCAAAUUUGGACAGAAAGUCAUGGAGAAGGAAACGGAGAAGAGGAUAUCGGAGAUUGAAGAUGACGCCUUCCUGGCGCGGGAGAAGGCCAGGGCAGACGCCGAGUUCUACACCGCUCACCGGACGGCCGAGGCCAACAAGUUGAAGCUGACCCCAGAGUACCUCCAGCUGGUGAAGUUUAAGGCCAUAGCCGCCAACAGUAAGAUCUACUUCGGGAACGACAUCCCCCACAUGUUUGUGGACUCGGGCCGUGGGGGGGCCGCGGUCAAGGCCCCGCCCACCAUGGACAGGGUUUCUGACAGCUCCUUUGACCGGGACUGAAGGACGGGUGUCCAUACCCCCCCCCCUCCCCCUCCCCCCCCAGGUGUGUAAUGUGGGGACCAGGGGUUGGCGAAUGAAGGACUGAGCGAUAAGACUACUGAGGAGACGAAUGCAGGAAAAACAAGAGGAAGGAUGUAGCAUCUAGUCUUUUCCUUUUUAAAACACUGAAAGUGUGUGUAGGUAUAUAUUUACAGUUUAUAACCCCCCCACCCCAUACCCUCAUCUGAUUCUUUGUUUGUGGUUAAGAUUAAACCAGGGAACUUAUAGACUUUAUGCACUGUAAGCAGUCAUGGGUCGUUUUCCCAUGUCCCCAUCUGUUGAUUGUUCUGUGCGGUUUGGUCUGGAAGAUGCUCAAGACAAACAUCUGGACUGGUCCCUCCGUGAGCACGGGGGGCGGGGCGGGGGCGGGGGGGGGUAGGUCUCAGCCUGAUAGGACAGCCAAAAAAACCAAAGAGCCAGCAGGGAAAGAAUCAUCCAGACUGGUUUGGGCUUGCAGCCUUACGGUUCUAAAUCGCAUUUCCAAAAAAUGUGACACCCCCCCCCCCCCCAUGCAGCUGGCUUCACAGACUAGACACAAAACACUCUAUUGUGUAGGCCUUUGUAGGAAGAGUAAGUAUGUAUUUGCAGCCAGAGGUGCUCAUUUGGCUGAGUUGUUUAUUUUUUAUUAGGAGCUUGGAAGAUGUCUGUUUUGGUAGUAAGAUGGCUGCCGCAGUGCAACAUGGCAGAAUAAAGACUUGUAGUGCUUUGCGGGAGAGCACGGCAUAGACGAAGACCUUCAGGGAUUUUUGCUUUGUAGCUGAACCAUGUCUUCACUGUAGCAGUAUUUCAUGGUGGGGCUGUGUGGGGGGGAUUUGUCAUGCCACAGGGAAGGAAAAGCCCCUCGAAAUGAGGGAGAAUCACCCAGAGGGGAUUUGUACAAGCGCAUGCUCUUACAGGCAUUGUGCCUGAUUCCGGGACCCUGACCCUUUAAGCUCUCUUGUCAUUGGUUCCCAGAAUUCUGUUCAGAUUGGGUGUAGACAAUUUUUUUCUGGAAUGAAGUUUUUUUCCAAAAUUCAUUAUCCUCCUCGGUGUAAAACCAUGACAGCUUGGUUCUUGGGGCCUGCGACUGGCAGAAAUGGCACUGACAGCUAGCUUAUGCAAAAUGUCAAUAGCCUGUUCUCUUAAGUGUAUCAUCUAAUUUUUAUAUAGUUUGCCCUUUACCUCUUAGUCUUGUCUUUGCUUCAGAAUCUAGGCCUGUUUAUCGAAUACGUUUUUUUAAUAUGGAGGGUGGUAGGGCUUACUGGGACCAAACAAGCUAUGCCGUUCAACUAUUCCUCCUUCGCUAUGAAGUCAUUUACUCAUACCACAAACUGCAUUUCCACCCCUGUAAUUAUUCUGCAGUGGUAGAGUCCUGUUUUUUUUGGGCGGAGGGGGCGGGGGGGGGGGGUCACUGUGACAUUGGUGAACCGUUCAGCCCUCUUGAAGGCCUACCUAUGCCUUCCUGUGAUUGGUUGUCCGGCUGAUAUCGAGCGACACAUUGUAUCCUCAGUAUCGGUUAUGCAAGGUUUUGACCGCUACAGGCUAACCUGACGCGGACAAUCCUCUCCAUUGCAAUGUUCCCCCAGUGUAACACAAGUGCUCGAAGGGGGUCCAGCAGAGUUACAGCAGCUCCACAGAAUGCAUUGGUCUUUUCACUAUGGUGUAACAGCGAGCACACUAUGAGGAUGGGAAUAUUAAGUGUUAUAAGCAAGGCGUGUUGAUAGUUUUGUUUCCUCAUCUGAAAUUUGAAAGGAUAACAAAUCAGGAAAUGCAGAUCCAGCAUUUUUUAAAUUUUAAUUUAGGGGCAUAUGUUGAAGCAUUAGGAUAGCCAUUUUCACAUUGUCAGUGUGUUACAGUCUGAACAUAAGUGCGAUAUUGCGUUGAUUUCUAGUGAAAAAGAUUGUCAAUUAAAACAAUUUGAUUUGAAAACAACUCCAUACAUUGUGUGUAAACAUUAUAAGCGUAAUUAAGCACUUUCAUUCCACUCUGUGGCAAGCCACAGAAUAGCUCAUUUCCCAAGUACUUUGAAACCCGUUUGAACACUGCAUGACUCAAAAAUGUCUGGAAGCUUGAGAAACACACACGGUACUUUCUGGAAAUUCGCGUACUAACUUGCUACUAACAUCUGGUCUUGUCACAGCAGCUUUUGGGAAAAUUGUGACGUUUCUGGUUUUCACUCUGGCUGACUGGGUUAAUAUGACAUACCGCAUCAAGACAUUACGGUGUACUACAAACGUGAUUGUGGAAUUAGUGUGUAACCACGGCUACUGAAAUGAAGAAGCGGUGCGUGCUCUCAAAUUUUCUGAUUCAGGUAAGAUUGUUGUUAGUCUUCCCCUUACCAAGAUGUACUACUGCAGUGACACCGAAUAGAGAUUAUUCGUUUGUCCAGUGUAACGGGCGGCAAUAUUUCAUAAGGGCACGCAUUUAGGUUUGUUGAAAUGCAAUACUAUCAUCAGGUUUGAAUGUCUGUUCUCGGUUGUGUAACUGCAGGUGGUCAGCCACCUAGAGGACUAGUCAAGUUUUCAUAUCACUUUUAUGUAUGAAGUUUAAAUUCCAGUAUGCAAAUACAGUAUCAUUUUAUUUAGAGCACUGCGAUGCUGUUCUUUCAUUAGCUUGCUGGUGAUGUGCACACUUUAAUAAAAAAGAAAGAUGUAAUAUUGUUCAUAAUGGCCUAGAUAUUUCAUUUCUGUGACUACAAAUCGUACUGUUUACUGGUCCACAGUGCAUCCUCCAUCACAUUUCAGUUCUCUCUCUCUGUAUACAUACAUACAUACCUAUAUGUGUGUGAGUGUGAGAAAGAUCAUUUACCAAAAAAAAAAAAAAAAACCCAAAACAUAAUUUUGGCUGUGUCUGUUUUAACCGUCCAAGAUCCAAAGAGCGAGACAGGAAGGGAACAUCAUUAUCCAUCAGUUCUGCUGGCCUUUGGGUCCUGUUCGUUUUCAGUUUGUGUGUUUCAUUUGGAGGUAUCAAAGGUGCUUAUUUCUAGUUCAGUGCGGUGGUUAUUAGUUAUUAUUACUAGGAAUCCACUAUCUAAGACUCAAUACUUAGUCAAAAAGAUCAUGGCUUCCCUCAGUUUCUGUUCACCUCCAAACAAUCAGGGCUUCUUUUUUUUUUAUCACAGAAGCAGACCAGUACUUAAUAUAUUUUUACAUAUUCUGUAAAUACAAACGGCCUAAUUUGACUUUAUAUAGAUUUCCAAAGCAUCUGGUUCCUUUGUAGAACACAACAUCCCUCCUUCUCGGUAACUCCAUUUUUUUUUAGUCCACCUAUGUAGUGUGUUCUUACUUAACACGGUUUUUUAAAUGAGUGAAUACUAAAUGGGGUGUUGCUUCAGUCGUGCUCAGGUAGACUUAACUGAAUGUUACCUGAAGGGAACCAUUUUUAUUUUGUAAUAUAACUGUAAUAAGAUGCACUGUGUGAAGAUGGACUAAUUGCGGGAGAUCUAAUCGUUAAUUGUGUCAUUUACAAUAAAGAUAUUUGAAGGA